GAAAAUCUGUUUCCAACUUUUUCCAUUCUCAGCAGCAAUAACAACAACACACAGAGCGAACACAAAUAACAAAGUUCAAGAAAAAAACCAAACAUACUGUCCUUUUUCCGACCACCGUCCAUGGCAGAAGCCGGUUAUUCCCGGUUUCCCGGCAGUCUAGACCCAAGAGCUCAAGAGUUCCGACCAACAUCUCACCACCUCCACCACCAACAACUACAAAUCUUCUCUCUACCGCCGCCACCACAACUUUACUAUCCCUACACUCCUCCUCACACGCUUGGUUUUCUUACACCAGCGCCACCACCACCACCACAGCCUUAUGUUAAUAUACCGACAGCAACGCUAGUACAACCACCGCUAUCAGCAGCGCCGACGAGAACGCUGAUUCUAACCUCAGUACCGAGGGAAGUUAGCGAGUCAAUCAUUAGAAGAGAGUUAGAAGUGUUUGGAGCAGUCAGAGGGGUACAAAUGGAAAGAAUUUACGAUGGAAUCGUGACCGUUCAUUUUUACGAUCUUCGACAUGCAGAGAUUGCAUUGAAAGAAAUAAGAGACAAACAUAUCUUACAUCAAACUAGGUUAACAACUCUUCAUUCUCCACCACCUCCACAGCAACCACCGUACCAAGCGGCGCGUGGGCUCAUAACCGGCUGUGCCAUCUGGGCUCAGUUUGUUAUUCCUUCUUAUAAAGCUGUACCAGAUGGUUACAACCAUGGAACUAUUGUUAUUUUCAAUUUAGACCCUAAUGUUUCCAUUUCUUACCUCAAAGAAAUUUUCCAAGCUUUUGGUGAAGUUAAAGAACUGAGAGAGACUCCAUUAAAGAAGCAGCAAAAAUUUGUGGAGUUUUAUGAUAUCAGAGACGCAGCUAAAGCUCUUAAAGAAAUGAACGGUAAAGAAAUCAACGGGAAGCAGAUUGUGAUCGAGUUUAGUCGGCCGGGUGGCUACGGUCGAAAGUUUUUCAAUGCGCAUACAUCAAUUAAUACUGUUAAUAAUACGUUUAAGCUCUCAAAAUAUGCACCACCGCCGUCUCCGUCGCAGCCACCUUCUAAUCUUAUUAAGGGAAACCCUAAUAAUGAGAGCAAUAAGGAGGUGUGUUCAGUUGAAGCGUUGAUCGGAGAUGUGCAUGGUUCUACGAAGAGGAGUUGUAAUUCAAAGAAAACGCAAAAUAUUGAGUCUACAGCUGGUUCGAUCGCUGGUUCGAAUACUGUAGCAUCAAAGCAGCAGAGUAGGAGUAGGCCGUGGAAGAGUAGACCGGUGAAAAAAUUUGAUACUCGGUUUCUUAUUAAUGAAGAAGCUAUGGUGGAUUCAAAUUGCAGUGAUUCUAGAACUACUGUUAUGAUCAAGAACAUACCCAAUAAGUAUAGUCAGAAGUUGCUGUUGAACAUGUUGGACAACCACUGCAUUCACUGCAACGAGCAGAUUAUCGCGGGCGGCGGAGGGGAGGAGGAUCAGCCGCUGUCUUGCUAUGAUUUUGUCUAUCUUCCUAUUGACUUCAAUAACAAGUGCAAUGUGGGAUAUGGGUUCGUGAACAUGACUUCACCGGAAGCAACAUUGAGGCUUUACAAGGCGUUUCAUCAUCAACAUUGGGAAGUUUUCAAUUCCAGGAAAAUAUGUGAAGUCACUUACGCUAGAGUUCAGGGAUUGGAAGCAUUAAAAGAACAUUUCAAGAACUCAAAGUUCCCAUGCGAGAUGGAUCAUUAUUUACCCGUAAUAUUCGCGCCUCCUCGUGACGGAAAGCAACUCACCGAUCCGCAACCCGUCAUCGGCCAUGCCCAGAAGCAGCAACAAAAACAACACUCCUUCAUCACAGCAACUGUAAGCAGUGGUGACACAGACCAAGAAGAUCAAGAACACAGCAGCAGUAAUUACAGCAGCAGCAGCCAAAACGGCGGCGAUGAUGAAAAAGACAGUAGCAGUGGCAGCUUGGUCUAAUGGUCUAAAAGAGCUAGAGAAAGUGGUCUGAGUUUUUCUGAUUAUCUUGGAACUGGGGGAAGAAAAUGAAUGAAUAUAGUAAUAGUAGUAGGGUUUAGAUAUAAAAAUAUUAAGUGCAAACCAAGAAAUCAAUCACACUGGCUCUCUGAUAUGAACAUAUAUCCACCCAAUGAGGCUGUUGUUGAGCUCCGAGCCUAGCCCCACCACCUCACUACAGCUACCUGAAACUGACCUGACCCUGACCUUGACCACCAUCACUUCCAUUAACUCCUCUUCCUUUAUGUUAGUCAAAGAAAUUUGUAAGUUGCUGUUUUUUUUUCUUCUUUUUUAGAUGGUCAUGAAAUGUUUAUAACAUGAAAUCCUAAUGUGGUAUCUUUUCAUGAUCAGAAUGUAUGUAAGUUUAGUAA